AUCAGGUCAACCUCAGCUCUUCAAGAAACAAAUUCCACAAUAAAUGCAGCAAUCACCAUCCUCCUAUCUACCAUGAUUAGACCAAUAGGCUCAGCCAGAGAAAACAACAGAAGCUGUUAAUGGUCCAUAUUUUUAACAAUGUGUCAACUAAAAGGACCAGCCUUCUACUGGACCAGCGAGAGUGAACAUCACCUCACUGCUA